AUGUCCAAACUGUGCCCACGGACCCUGUGUCUCCCUGCAGAACCCAGGGAACUGAAAGCCAGCAAAGUUUGUCCUGGAACCCCAGGAAGUACUGGGGAGAAAGGAGCUCCAGGUCCCCAAGGGCAGCCUGGACCCAGCAAGAUGGACCCCAAGGGUGAACCUGGUCCCAGUAUCCACCAAGAGCUGCUGAGCCAAGGCACCACCUUGAGUGGCUGGUACCAUCUGUGCCUACAGAGGGUGUUUCCAAGGUGACAGGAUGGUUCUGUGGAUUUAUUUCAUUUGUGGUCAUCCUACAAAGCAGGUUUUGGSAGCUAGGAGUCUGAGUUCUGGCUGGGGAAUGAGAACUUACACCAGCUCACCCUUCAGGGGGAGUUCCCAGCAAGGUCAAAGGGCUCUAAGGACUGCUCCCAGCAGGCACUGAGCAAGUUCUCAGAGGCAUUGCAGGAAGGGACUGCAGGAAGGGACUCCUUGAGCUUCCACAGCAGGAAGCCUUUUACCAUUGACACCGACCAUGACUCAAAUGGGAACAGCUGCUCAGAGGUUGUCCCUGGUGCCUGGUGGUAUGAAUCCUGUUAUCAAUCCAAUCUCAACAGUCACUAUGCAGUGUCUGAGGCCACUGCCCACAAGCAUGGCAUCAAUUGGGCCUCUAGCUGAGUUGUGGGUCACCCCUACCACAGGGUUCCAAUGAUGCUCCACUAG